CCACCCCCACCUCCUACCUUCCCUUUUCCCCUUCGGCAGUCAAAUCGCCUGCGAUCUGAUAUACUGCCCGGCUGACUGCGUUCAACCUAUAUAAUACCCCUCGCCGUCGGCUGGUCUGCUCUCUUUUUUUCUUCCCUCCAUCCCAAUCACGCAGCGCGCUUCAAUCCUUUACUCUCAACGGUUUCGACUGUCAAACGGGCCUGGUUCCUGUUCGUUCUUCAUUCCUUCAUUUGUCAAUACUGUUUUUUGUGGUUUCGCCUGUGGCAGACUACGUCAUUCCUUCUCUGAGAAUUUCCGCCAUUGUCAGUUAGCAUCUGCUUCUACUACAAAGGCUUCUUUUUCAGCUUUUCCAACGUCUUCCAAGUUCUGAGUUCGUCCGGUACGAUCAGAAUUUCGCCAAAUCCACAAUCACUUUUUUCAAAUCAAGAACGAUUUCAAGUGUACACAGUCAACCUUCGACAAAAUGUUCUCCAAGACUGUCGUUGCCGCCAUUCUGGGCGCCUCCGCCGUCAACGCUCACAUGCUCAUGAGCUCGCCUACUCCCUACGGAGCCGACUCCCUCAACAACUCUCCUCUGGAGGCUGAUGGCAGCGAUUUCCCCUGCAAGCAGCGUGCCGGUGUCUACGACGCCCCCGCUGAAGAGAACAUCCUCAACAUCGGCGAGGCCAACCCUCUGACCUUCCAGGGCAGUGCUGUCCACGGUGGUGGUUCUUGCCAGGUCUCUCUCACCAAGGACCUCGAGCCCACCAAGGACUCCAAGUGGAUGGUCAUCAAGUCCAUUGAGGGUGGAUGCCCCGCCAACGUCGAUGGCAACCUUCCCGAGAACCCCGACGGCUCCGGUGCCACUGAAUUCAAGUACACCGUGCCCGAGGGCAUCGAGCCCGGCAAGUACACCCUCGCCUGGACCUGGUUCAACCGCAUCGGAAACCGCGAGAUGUACAUGAACUGCGCGCCCGUCACUGUCAAGGGCGGUUCCUCCGCCAAGCGCUCGCCCGUCAAGCGCGAGUCCAGCUUCCCCGACAUGUUCGUGGCCAACGUCAACGGCUGCACCACCCCCGAGGGCAAGGACAUUCGUUUCCCCAACCCUGGCUCCGAGGUCGAGUACGCCGGUGACGAGGGCAACCUCGCCGCCGAGGGCAGCGAGGCCUGCACCGGUACUCCUUCUUUCGGUGGUGCCGGCAACACCCCUGGCAGCUCCUCCGGUGGCUCUGAGGGCGGUUCCGAGGGCGGCUCCGAGGGCGGCUCUGAGAGCUCCGCUGCUCCCGCUCCCGCUGUCACCACCCAGCCCGCUGCUGAGCCUUCUCAGCCCGCCGACGGUGGUGUCUUCGCUCCCACCACUCAGCCCGCCGCCCCCGCUCCUACCCAGCCCGCUGGCGGUGACAACACCGGUGCCUCCGGCGCUCAGUCCGGUGCCUGCACCUCCGAGGGCCAGUGGAACUGCAUUGACGGCAGCAGCUUCCAGCGCUGCGCCAACGGCCAGUGGACUCCUUCUCAGCCCAUGGCUGGUGGCACUCAGUGCACUCCUGGCCAGGCUGCCGAGCUUUCCGUCGCCGCUCUCAAGCCCCGCAUGCUCUCUGAGAUGCGCCACCGCAAGCGUGCUCACGGUGCUCACCGCCACGCGUAAAUGAAUUCUUCUGAAUCCCGCUGAGCGGGUGAGAAGUUCACUCGUUUAGCGCGUUCAUCUUCUUUCUUUCUAUCAGCUUCUUUCUUCGUUUCCUUGAUUUCAUAGGUGGUUUUUGUUGGCUACUUGUGAGGAAUGGGACCCGAUUUGGUGUGAUGGUUUUUUCUUUCUUUUCUCUAGAUGUACUUUUAAGAUGAGGAAAGAAGUGAUUUGCUCUAUUGUAAAAAUCGUUCCGAUUUUUCAUAUACCUUGAAUUUCAUAGAUUAUUUGAUUUGUUUCAUUUC